AUGGUCUGGAACACUACCAGAGCACCCUUGAAGCUUAAUUUACGAAACAAAACAAACUGUCUACUUUGCAUAAAUGUAUAUACUGCCCAAAAAGACGAGGAGAUGACCAAGCGCUUCUCCUCGUCGGCCAACAGCCUUGAGGCCAGUGUAUGUGAGAGUCUUGAUGAGCCGCAUGUACUACUGCUCAGCCUUGUGCACGUCCUGACGUGUGUGGUGUUUACAGAUGUUUCCUGGGUGCGACACUCUGAAGGCGAUGGAAUCGAUGUCGGGCGCAUAGGUAGUUGGCAUGGCGAUGGGCCAGUCGACGACUUUGAUGAACGUGGAGAACCACAGAAGGUUGUCGUUGUCAUUGGUGAAGGACGUUCGGAGGUGACGGCUGCCAAUAGCCAAUGGUUCCUUCUAAGAAAAACAUAG